AUGUCUGCCGAGCCAGACCACGUCCCUAAGAAGGACAAGGUCAACCUCAAUGAUGCCUCCGGCGCUGAGAAGAAGGAUGAGCUCGAUACCGCGACCGCUAUCCUCAAGAAGAAGAAGAAGCCAAACUCAUUGAUGGUCACCGACGCCACCAACGAUGACAACUCAACGAUCGUCCUCUCAAACAAUACCAUGGAGACCCUCCAACUGUUCCGUGGCGACACCGUUCUAGUGAAGGGCAAGAAGAGAAAGGAUACUGUGCUUAUCGUUCUCGCCGAUGAUGAUCUCGAUGAUGGCAGUGCCCGCAUCAACAGAGUCGUGCGCCACAACCUGCGGGUGAAGCACGGCGACAUCAUCACUGUACACCCAUGUCCCGAUAUCAAGUACGCCAAGCGCAUCGCCGUCCUUCCCAUCGCCGACACUAUCGAGGGCCUGACCGGGUCCUUGUUCGAUGUCUUCCUCAAGCCAUAUUUUCUCGAGGCCUACCGACCUGUCCGUCAGGGUGACCUCUUCACCGUCCGAGCCUCGAUGCGGCAAGUCGAAUUCAAAGUCGUUGAGGUGGACCCUCCCGAGUACGGCAUUGUUGCGCAAGAUACUGUCAUCCACUGCGAAGGCGAGCCCAUCCAGCGAGAAGACGAGGAGGGCAAUCUGAACGAGGUUGGCUACGACGAUAUCGGCGGCUGCCGCAAACAGAUGGCUCAAGUUCGUGAGUUGGUCGAGCUGCCUCUACGUCAUCCUCAGCUCUUCAAGUCCAUCGGUAUCAAGCCGCCACGUGGUAUCCUCAUGUACGGCCCUCCCGGUACCGGAAAGACCCUUAUGGCGCGUGCUGUCGCGAACGAGACCGGUGCUUUCUUCUUCCUCAUCAACGGUCCUGAGAUUAUGUCCAAGAUGGCUGGUGAGUCGGAGUCCAACCUGCGCAAGGCUUUUGAGGAGGCCGAGAAGAACGCUCCAGCCAUCAUCUUCAUCGACGAGAUCGAUUCGAUUGCCCCCAAGCGUGACAAGACCAACGGCGAGGUUGAGCGUCGUGUUGUUUCUCAGCUUCUGACUCUCAUGGACGGCAUGAAGGCCCGUUCCAACGUGGUCGUCAUGGCCGCAACCAACCGUCCUAACACCAUCGACCCUGCGCUGCGUCGGUACGGCCGUUUCGAUCGUGAGGUCGAUAUUGGCAUUCCCGACCCCACUGGACGUCUUGAGAUCCUUCAGAUUCACACCAAGAACAUGAAGUUGGGUGAUGAUGUUGAUCUUGAGACUAUUGCUGCUGAAACCCACGGCUACGUCGGCUCCGACAUUGCUUCUCUCUGCUCUGAGGCUGCGAUGCAGCAAAUCCGUGAAAAGAUGGACCUUAUUGAUCUCGACGAGGAUACCAUUGAUGCUGAGGUUUUGGACUCUUUGGGUGUUACUCAGGAGAACUUCACCUUCGCUCUUGGUGUUUCCAACCCCUCUGCUCUUCGCGAAGUCGCCGUUGUCGAGGUUCCCAACGUCCGCUGGGACGACAUUGGUGGCCUCGAGGGUGUCAAGCGCGAACUUAUCGAGUCUGUCCAGUACCCCGUCGACCACCCCGAGAAGUUCCUCAAAUUUGGUCUGUCACCAUCGCGAGGUGUUCUGUUCUACGGUCCUCCUGGUACUGGUAAGACUAUGCUCGCCAAGGCUGUCGCCAACGAGUGUGCCGCCAACUUCAUUUCUAUCAAGGGCCCCGAGCUGCUUUCCAUGUGGUUUGGUGAGUCCGAGAGCAAUAUUCGAGACAUCUUCGACAAGGCCCGUGCUGCUGCCCCUUGUGUCGUCUUUCUUGACGAGCUAGAUUCCAUUGCCAAGUCACGCGGUGGCUCUACUGGUGAUGCCGGAGGUGCCUCUGAUCGCGUUGUCAACCAGCUGCUCACCGAAAUGGAUGGCAUGACUUCGAAGAAGAACGUCUUUGUCAUCGGCGCCACCAAUCGUCCCGAACAGCUCGAUAAUGCUCUGUGCCGUCCCGGCCGUCUCGACACUCUGGUGUACGUUCCUCUACCGGAUGAGGCUUCUCGCGCUUCGAUUCUCCGCGCCCAGCUUCGCAAGACCCCUAUCGCUCCUGAUAUCGAUAUCGACUUCAUUGCUAGCAAGACUCACGGCUUCUCGGGCGCUGAUCUGGGUUUCGUGACUCAGCGCGCCGUCAAGCUUGCCAUCAAGCAAUCCAUUGCUGCCGAUAUUGACAUGCAGAAGGAGCGCGAAGCCCGUGGCGAGGAUGCUAUGGACGCGGAUGAUGUUGAGGAUCCCGUCCCCGUGCUCACCAAGGCCCACUUCGAGGAGGCCAUGUCUGCUGCGCGCCGCUCGGUCAGCGACGUCGAGAUCCGCCGCUACGAGGCGUUUGCACAGGCUAUGAAGCAGUCCGGUGGCAGUGCCUUCUUCAAGUUCCCUUCGGCUACUGAAGCUGCUGAGGGCGAUAACACCAACGGCUUCGGCGAUGCCGGCAACGAUGAUAGCUUGUACGACUAA